AUGCAGUUCGAGAUGUAUAUAGUGGUGAAUGUAAAUGGCAAAAUGGCCAAUAAUAUAUUUCAGCCAAGGCAGACGAAUAUUGGAAACAUUCAAAAAUUUCCGCCAGGGAGUGCGGUGAUGGAUCAAGAAGAGAAGAGAUAUGUAGUGGUGUGUGUUUACAUUGACAUUUGCGGCGUGGUAUCACAUCGAGGGUUUCGACGAUGUAUUCGGGUAUGUUCUUUAUUUGAAGGCGAAAACUGA